UUCGCCUGUAGUCUGCUGGGUUCUUGUCCUUAUCAGGGUCCGGAGUUCUCCCGGCCUCGGGAACCGAGCGAGGUUCGGGGCGGUGAUGGGGGCAACGGCGCGGACAAGGGGAACACCCUACAGGGGCCAGACUUGUCCAACCCGGACCCGAGCUCGACUUUCCGAAGAGCCACGUCCGCAAGACUUUCGGGGGUCCUCCAGCUAGCUCCUCACCUCCAUGGGCCAGACGGCCCUGGCGGGGGGCAGCAGCAGGACCCCCGCCCUGCAGGCCCCGUACCCUGACCUCUCCUAUCCCGAGGGCCUGGAGGAGCUGCUGUCUGCCCCCCCUCCUGACCUGGGGGCCCAACAGCGCCACGGCUGGAACCCCAAGGACUGCUCAGAGAACAUCGAGGUCAAGGAAGGGGGCUUGUGUUUUGAGCGGCGCCCCGUGGCCCAGAGUACUGAUGGGGUCCGCGGGAAGAGGGGCUACUCUAGGGGCCUGCACGCCUGGGAGAUCCGCUGGCCGCCGGAGCAGAGGGGCACCCACGCCGUGGUGGGCGUGGCCACGGCCCGCGCCCCGCUGCAGACUGACCACUACGCGGCGCUGCUGGGCAGUGACAGCGAGUCGUGGGGUUGGGACAUCGGGCGCGGGAAGUUGUACCAUCAGAGCAAGGGGUCCGGGGCUCCCAGAUAUCCAGCCAGACCUCAGGGGGAGCAGCUGGAGGUGCCGGAGAGCCUGCUGGUGGUUUUGGACAUGGAGGAGGGGACUCUGGGCUACGCCAUUGAGGGCACCUAUCUGGGGCCCGCCUUCCGCGGGCUGAAGGGCAGGACCCUCUACCCUGCAGUGAGCGCUGUCUGGGGCCAGUGCCAGGUCCGCAUCAGCUACCUGGGUGAAAGGAGAGCGGAGCCUCACUCCCUUCUGCACCUGAGUCGCCUGUGUGUGCGCCGUGCCCUCGGGGAUCCUCGGCUGGGCCAGGUGUCUGUUCUGCCCCUGCCUCCUGCCAUCAAGCGCUACCUGCUCUACCAGUGACCCCUGGGGCACCGGACUGUGCUGCUGAGGUUUUACUGUACCCUUUCCUGGGGGAUGGCACAGAGGCACUGGUGGUCUGGGGUGGCCAUGUAAAGCCCAGGGGACUGUGCCCCUGUCCCACCCAAGGCCCCAAGUCUCACCCAGAGGGAUGGAGGCAGGGUGUUGUUAUGCAAGGCUGUGGCAGCCUGGUACGAGACGAGUGUCUUUUUUUUUUUUUUUUCCUUUUCUUUCCCCCAAGUAAAAAUAGAAUGUGUUCUUCUAGAAA